AUGAAUACUAACACACCUUCCUCUGAUACUUCUCAUGGCAUUUUGGAGCAACUUGAAGAUUAUGUUAGGUUCAAAAUAAAUCUUAUAAACGGGCUCAUGGACUUAAGAACCGACGUACCGGAUGGGAAAUGCAAAGAAGCUUUCGAAGAUGUAAUUAAAACCUUUUCUGACGUUGAUAUAUUGGUCGACUCACUCACCCAUAAGGUUGAAAGGGACAAAUCUUUUGUAAAAUAUAUUCACUCAAUUUUAAAAUCUAAUGACUCGCAAAUGGUAAAUUUACUAAAGUUGGCCCAAACUGUUAACGAAAAGGGAGGACUACCUGCUGACUCAAUUACAGAACAUAAAUCAGAGCCAUCAGAUCAGAUCACUGUUAAAAACAAAGACAUUUCAACUUCAAAUAUAACUAGUAAUAUUAAAAAACGUCAACCUUUGGAAAAUUCAAAACUAACUACAAUACACAGGAGAAAAGCAGUCGUUACAAAUUCCGGGAUCCCGAGGUGGAAACUAAAAUAA